UAAUCGUAGGUCUGUGGACGGGAAUCGCAUGACCUCUUUUUGCGUGACCUCGAUACAGGAAAGGAGAACGGCUGUAAGAUUCCGACUUGAAAAUGAAUGACGUCAGACGAGUCGCCAUUAUUGGAGCUGGGGUGUCCGGAUUGACUGCCCUCAAAUCCUGUCUGGAGGAAGGACUAGAACCGGUGUGUUUUGAGAGAUGCGGAGAAAUUGGCGGUAUGUGGAACACGGACGAUAACUCCUUCUCCUCUUCCUCUCCAAUGAUAUACACGUCACUCGUGAGCAACACCAGUAAAAUGAUGACGUGUUUCAGCGAUUUUCUUUUUUCCAAAGAAACUCCGACCUACAUGACUCCAGCAAUGAUACAUGAAUACUUAUUGAACUAUGAGGGACACUUUAAACUCCGUAAGUACAUACAGUUUAAAACGGAAGUUCACCAAGUCUCGAAGGCGCGAGAUUACGACGAAACCGGAAAUUGGGAACUCACCAUUAAUGACAGCAAUGGCAAACGUCGAAUCGAGGUUUUCAAUGCAGUCAUGAUUUGCUCGGGGUGUUUUAAGAAGCCUCGAUAUCCUGAUAUAGAAGGAAUGGGAAGUUUCCAAGGAAGGAUCGAACAUGCCAUGAAUUUCCUGACAGGAGAAGACUACAAGAAGAAGAAUGUGAUUGUUGUUGGCAAAGCGUUCUCUGCUGGUGACAUUGCUUCCUCUGUUUCGCAGUAUGCUAAUCAGGUGCAUCUCAGUGUUGGAGACGGGUGUAUUCUCUUAAGGCGACUUGAUGAAAACGGAAAUCCGCUGGAUAUGCUACUAUAUCAACGCAAAUAUAACUACUGUCCAACACUGACGAUGCCAUCUUUGCCGAAAUUAAUCAGAAAAUUGUCAAACAUCGCCAUUAAUCAUGACGUAAUUGGUAUACACCCAGAGCAAAGCUCGCUGUUCAGCCGUGUUAUGUUGAAUGACGAACUUGGUUUACAAAUAAUGACGGGCAAGGUGAAGGUCGUGGGAAGAGUCGUCAAGAUGGCGGAGAGAAGUGUUCACAUCGAUGACGGGACCGUGGUGGAUGACGUCGACGUCGUGGUGUUUGCUACUGGAUACGAUCGACAUCUUCCUUUCCUCGACAACAGUUUGGUCGAUUCGGCUCAAGCUAUAAAUGAACAGAAAAACGAAUGGUACAAGUUAAUAUUUCCUGUACAUCUACAACACCCCACUUUGGCUAUGAUCGGAAUGAUGACUGCAGAAGGGCCUAAUCUACCAGUCUUUGAAAUGCAGUCGAGAUUGGCCGCCAGGGUGCUCUGUGGUAAACUUAAACUUCCGGCAGAGAAUGUCAUGCGCAAGGACACAGACCGAUGGAAUUCGCAAAUUAAGCUGAAGUUUUCUUUUUACAAGCACCAGGUUCCGUAUCUUGCAUACAUUGACGAACUUGCAGCCGACUUGGGUGUUAAACCCACCUUCUGGCGAUUGGUCUGGCGACACCCACGAAUUGCGUACUCGUGCAUUUUUGGCCCCGCAUCCCCGGUUCAGUACAGACUACUUGGACCCCACAGCAAUGCCGAGGCUAUCAAUCACUGCAGCGCCAUCUACGAGAACACGUUUUCUGGUGUCAGACACAGAAGAGUUCCACCACGAAAACCCGUUUCCUUGCUUCCCACUUACAUCAAAAUUCUCAUCCCUGCUGUGUGUGCAGGUGCUGGGUAUUAUGUUUGGCAGAGGUAUUUCGUGUAACAAUAGCAUUGAGGAAAGUGAAUAGAAUUCGUAUUACCCUUGAUCCUUCUUCGUUCGUUCAUUCAUAAACUAAUCAAUCAAUCAA